AUGUAAUCAGCACAGCAUUUCGUCCAUCGUGUCGCGCACCGCCGCCGUUAGUCAUUUAGUACAUACCUACAUACAUACCUACCUUAGGUAUCUAGUGUAUAACCUGGUUGUAAGGCCUUUACGUUAGGUUAACUAGGUACCUAACCUAACCUACCUAAUCUAAGAACACAUUAUGGAGCUCGGGUGCUCGGUGAUCUCGCCGCUGGCCCCGCAUAAGCACACCCACACCGUGAUAUUCUUGCACGGCCGCGGCGACACCUCGCGGAACAUGGCCGAUGCCCUGCUGUCGCGGUGGACGAGGGAUUCGCGCGGCCGCUCGCUGGUGGAUGAGUUUCCCUCGGUGCGCUGGGUCUUUCCGGAAGCCGAGCCCCGUCUCGCCGAAACCCUCGGCGAGGUCUGCCCGCAGUGGUUCGACGUGUCCAACAUGCUGGACCUGACCGACGCCGAAGAGAUGCAAGUCUUCGGCUUACGCGGCAGCGUCGCCAGUAUCCGGCGGUUGGUGCGGCGCGAGGCCCGCACCGUCGGCGGCAUGGACCACGUCGUGCUAGCCGGCGUUAGUCAAGGCGGCGCCACGGUGUUCCACACUCUACUACACCUCGACGACGGCGGUGGCGCCGAGAAUGCCGACGGCGAGCUUAUGGCGUUGCAGGAGAAAGGGGAGGAAGAGGUGCCGGCAUCGGAGUCCCGGCUCUGCGGCAUCAUGGGGUUCUCGUGCUGGCUGCCGUUUCCGGGCGGGUCGCUGGAGGAAACCCGCGAGGUACUAGGGAUGGAGGACGGGUGGCCCAAGACGGAUACCGUAGUGCGGAAUACGCCUGCGUUCCUAGGCCACUGCGCCGACGACUCGCUCGUCUUUGUCGAGUACGGCCGGCAGUUGAGAACUGGGCUUAAGAGUUUCGGUAUGAAUGUCGAGUGGCAUGAGUAUGAGGACGGGGGGCACUGGAUUAAUGCCCCGAAGGGUGUGGAUGAUGCGGUGGAGUUCCUCAAGGCGCAGGGGAUACCGCUGGCGGAGUUGGAGGAGGAGGAAUAGACUUGUCUACGGGAGAGGAUAAGUUGAGCUUUGAUGUCAUGACAGUUGACUUGAAGGUCACUGCGUUUUGUCGCUCUUGC